UGAUUGGUCAAAGCCAUCAGCGCUAAGACGACUCACACUUAUCUCUUGGCUGGCUCCUUUGUGUAUAAAGUGUUUAUCGGUCUAUUUAUAGACACUGUCCCAUCGCGACCUUAGGAAACGCUGCAGUCAUUGGUUACUGAUUCCUUUGUUCGUUUCCAUCUCUUGCACAUAUAAAGACUGGUUUAUAUUUAUUUUAAAUCACAAACCUCGAUCUAGCUGUACUUGUCAUGACUGGUGGGAAGAAAAGCUCCAAAGAGAAGAAGAAGAGGAGGAGGUCAGUGUCUUGUGAAGGAGGGACACUGGUAGAAAAGAAGACAAGGAGUACAGAGACAAUCCAGCAGGUACAUCUGCUGUUAAAACUGUAUUAUGCCAGAUGACCGAGAUUUGGAAGUCUUGUUACUCCUGUUAAUCUCUGCUGAAAGUCAGUUAGAUUUGUAAUGCAUUUUAUAUGCAGUAUAUUAAAAAAUAUAAACAGUAUCUUCAGUGUCUCAACAUUUUCUGAAACCCCCAAACCCUUGUAGCUGCACCAGUGAGCUCUCUGUUUACACCAAGAGCCAGUUAGGAUGUUCACAUUGUUUCCAGCUGGCUAAAUAUACAUAAUGUCUGAGGAGCAGUUAAUAAUUUUUUUAAUUUUUUUUUAGGUGUGACAGGUGGGUACUACAUAUUGUAAAAUUGCUGUAAGAUCAGUGCUGGUGUGUUUUAUAAGGGAUGUCAAAUUAAAAGCGCACUCUAAUGUUAAAACCGAUAUUCAGUUUUAGAAUUUGGUGUGUUCCUUUAACCAAUGCAAGACACCAUCACCUUUCCCCAAAUUAAAUUAGUUAAUACAGUUAAAAUACCAGUUCAUCAAGCAUUGAACCCCACAUUGUUGCUGCUCCUUUCUGACAGGUGGGCGAAAGUUUAUUGGGAAAGUAGCCCAAUAGAAUGUUUGUUUAUUGUUUACUAAUGCUUUCCUAUGAAAGCUGUUCUCUUCCUCGUAAAACAUUUUUCAAGGGGAGCAAACCAGGAAAGCAUCCUGGCUUUCAACUUGACUACCAAAUUACCCAUAAUCAGUUCAUGAACGUACUGAUUUCUCUUGAAUUUUGCACUUUUAUGAAUGGGGACAAGGGUACAGUCAGUUAACCCAUUAACAAGCUGAAGUGCUUUAAGGGUUUGGAAUGUCCUCUAAUAUUUUUAUGAAUAGCUAAUACUCACAUACUUUAAGUGCAGUUAUUUAGCUACAACCAUUUAUCUGUACCUUAUAGGUUACUGCUGCCUUAAAAUGUGGUACUAAGCAUCUCCAUGGGAUACUAGUUGGCUUGUAUUCUGCCUUGUUGAGACAAUAGAGUCCCUGUUAGGUAACUGGCAGCCUCAUUCAGAGCAAUGGUUAUCCGGAUUCCUCAUUGGUCUACUCCUCGAUAUUGGGUUUGACUGAGUGGAGGCAAUUAGAAGUCUGCAGAGGCUACAAGUACUUCUAUUGAGGGGAUCCUAUCGUGCCAGGAAAACAAACCCGUUUUCCUGCAGUGCCCCCACUCCCACAGGGCUAAAGGGGUUAAAACCCCUUAAGUCACUUACCUGAAUCCUGCACAGAUGUCCCUCAGCGCUGUGUCAGGCUCCGCCUAUGCUCUUCUCCAGUCGGCGGGGGAAACCUAAUGUGCAUGCGCAGCAAUGGCCACUCUCGCAUUAGGAUUUCCCCAUAGGAAAGCCUUAAUAAAUGCUUUCCUAUGGGGGAAAUCUGGCACUGGAGGUCCUCAUGUAGAGGUCCUCAUAAAGAGCCGAGGUAAUCACAAACACUAUUAGGAUUAUACUUAGUGUAAUUCUAAUAUUCUUAUCUAAAGCUAAAAGUUCCUGGUGUGAAAUACAUAAUCCCCACGCUACCAACAGAUCCUAAUUUAGUGGACAUUUCCUUGUAGUUCUAUCCAGAUUUGUUUUCUGUAGACGUUAUUCCUACAUAUUAAAGUACAAUUGUCACCAUAAAACUAUGUUUAUUGUAAUAAUCAUUUUACAAAGUUUUGAAAUAAAUAGAUUUGUAUAGGUACACAAAAAAAGAGUGAAAAUUGUAUACUAACUUUAGUAUAUGACAGGAUGCUUCAGCCAUAUACAAGCACCUAGAUGAAAGAAUUAUUCAAUUAAAUUUUUUUUUUUCAGGUGACCGUUGCCCAUUAAGCAUAGGGAUUGAGGAAGCCUAUAUUUCCAUUGAUAACAGUGACACUAUAAAGAACCAUGGAAAUUGCAAUUGUAUCUCUUUCGUUAUUUGAUGCAUUGUACAGUUGCCAUGAUUUAAAUACGUAUUUUACAUUAACAAAGGAAUAGCUCUCUAGUGACGCUAUGUAGAAUCAACAUUGUCUUUUUAUAUGCAUUAAUCCAGUCACAUAGAAAUAGCAAGGAUAAAUAUGUGUAUGAGCCCUGGCAUUCUACUAACAUUCCAGAUUUGUUGAAUACAUAACUUUUUUUGAGUCACAAUUUGUGUUAAGUGUUAUAUUUUGAUGGCAUAUUCAUAUUGAUAAUGGCUUCCUUCAACUAUAUAUUUUCCUCUAUAUGUGAGAACAAAAAAAAAUAUUUGGAUUGUGCAUUAAUUAGGGUCAUGCCUUUGAAGGAAGCCAGACAAUGUUAUUUUCAGUUUAAAUAUUGCCUAAAAAAUAUGUAGCUCAGCAAGUGCUCUAUCUUCCAUUAUCAAAGUACCUCAGAUAAAGAAAUGUGUGUCUCUAUUUCCUUAAAAUAGUACUGGGAAUGGUUUGUAAGUGAGGCUUAAAGGAACACUGUAAGCACCAUAACCACUACAGUGUGCUGACUAUGGUGUUAGGAAUGCUGUGGCACCCCCACUAUUUUAGAGUGCUUUGACUUCUUUCAUGGUGUUCCCUGUCUCUUGGAGUUGAAUCCUCCCUGUCUAAACUAAGCCCCGCCCCAGCAGUGCAGGUCUUCAACAGUGAGCUGGGUCUGCACUGCAGGACUUGGCUCAGCAUAGUUAAAGGUGCACUUAAGGGUCAGGAACACACACAUAUUCCUGACCCUAUAGAGUUAAAACCACGAUCUGGUCCCCCCAUGUCUCCCUAAAUAUAGUAAUUCUUACUUGUAUUCAAGUCUGGAGAUGCUUACUUUGUCACUGUUUCCUUUAGAUCUGCCCACUGACAUCAGCAGAAGUGGUAGCCUGAUCCAAUCACAGUGCUUCCCCAUAGGAUUGGCUGAGACUGAGAAAGAGGCAGAUCAGGGGCAGAGACAGCACAAUUCAAACACAGCCCUGGCCAAUCAGCAUCUACUCAUAGAGAUGAAUUGAAUCAAUGAAUCUCUAUGAGGAAAGUUAAGUGCCUGCAUGCUGAGGGAGGAGAUACUGAAUGUCUGGAUGCAUUUUAGGCAGCUAUGACCCAGGAAGGAUCUCUAACAGCUAUCUGAGGAGUAGCCAGUGAAGUUAUCACUAGGCUGUAAUGUAAACACGGCAUUUUCUCUGAAAAGACAGGGCUUACAGCAAAAAGCCUGAAGGUCAUGAUUCUCCUCACUAGAACAAAUUCAAUAAGCUGUAGUUGUUCUGGUGACUACAGUGUCCCUUUAACUGAGUAUUAUACCAGGAGUUACCAACUCUCAGAGCAGAAUGUGAAUGCUCUGUAUUGGCUAGGAGUGUUCCUUCUGUCAAAAUUUAGAUUAAUUAUUUUUUAAUGAAAAAUAAAAUUUAGACUAUAUAUGUUUUGAAUCUGUUACAAAUAUUUAUUUUUUGGGGUCAAUGUAAUAUUCUUUUGUGAAUUCUAGGAAACAGAAAGCACUUUUCAGCCUGCUGGGAGCAAUGAGAAUGAUGCUGAGGAUCUUAGUGACAUAGAGGAAGGAGGGCUUGAUCUGAAUGUUCCCCUCAAACCAAUUAGCUAUUACAUUUCCGACAAGAAAGAAAUGCUUCAGCAGUGCUUCAGAGUGGUUGGUGAAAAGAAACUGCAGAAGAUGCUUCCUGAUCUAUUAAAGGUAUUAGUGCUUUGCUAGCUAAAAUUAAACAGACACACUUGCUAUUGGCAUAUAGUCAGUGAAAUGUGCCGGUGUUCCACCACCUGCAGCAAACAUUUGAAAGGCCUACCUUACCCUUGUGUUUGUGAGUGCUAGUGCUAUUCGCACACAUUCUUUCUCUUGGAGCCAAUGCUCAUUUUUACAUAUGUGGCACUUCUUUUUUAAAACAAUACUGCUCAUUGGAGAAGGGCCGGUGGAAGCUGUGGAGUUGGUAAACAAAUCCUUUGACUCUGACUUUGAAUAUAGUAACCCGAAAAUUCCUUAUGACUUUGCAGCGUUGGCAAGUCUGUGGAGUUGGAAUACUAAACCUCCAACUCCUCAAUUUAUAGUACUUCCCAUUCCAACUCAGGCUGUCCAUACUUGGUCUCGGUCUUGAGACUUUUGGAAUUGGUUUAAUAUCUACAAAAAUUCUUUCAAGUGAAGCCACCUACCCUCCUCAGCCUUUUAACAGCCAAUGGCUGCAAUCUGCACUUAAAGCUGUUAGCAUAAGAAAUGAAGAGUCAGGUUAUUUUCCUUUCCAUGUACUUUGAGACAGGUCCCUCCUGUCAUAACUCAAUCAAAUUCCUACCAUGCUUAAUGAGCUGUAGGCAGGGCUUGAGUCCUGCAGAAACGCAUGGAAACGGCCUUCCUGCACUUUUUCCAAAGCAGGACCGGCCCAGGGGGCGCAAUGUCGCUGUGCUGCCUCAUUUCUCCCAGUCCCCAGCAAAGUGCCGCCCACAAUGCACUGUCUGCUGUUGGUGGUGUGAUGGCUGUCAAGAUGCAGGAGAUGUGCCUGCUCACACUACUCUCCCCCGUGGUAAUUUACUGAGGAGUGAAGCCUGCAGUGGGUGGGGCAUUUUACAUCACCUCCUGUCAGACCCUCCUAGAGGAUUACCGAGCAGGGAGAGGUAAGAACAUCUCUUUUCAGCUACUUACACCACCAACGGUGAGCAGCCAUGUUUUAUUUAUUUUUUCAUGAAAUAAUAAUGUAUCUAGCACAGAACUCCACAGAGCUAAAUCUUAUAGUUCAUGUGGAGCUCUGUGUUUUAUUGGUCCAACAGUUCCACCUCACUUCUAUUCUUCUUAUGCUUCCUCUCCCCGAUCAUUAGCAGCCAUCAAUCUCCUUCUCCCCCAUUACUAGCAGCCAUCCUCCACUCCCCAUUACUAGCAGCCAUCCAUCCCUCACCCUAUCACUAGCAGCCAUCCUCCACUCCCCAUUACUAGCAGCCAUCCAUCCCUUACCCGUAUCACUAGCAGCCAUCCUCCUCUCCCACAUCACUAGCAGCCAUCCCUCACUCACUCACCUCCAUCACUAGCAGCCAUCCCCUUCUCCUCCCAUCACUAGCAGCCAUCCCCUUCUCCUCCCAUCACUAGCAGCCAUCCCCUUCUCCUCCCAUCACUAGCAGCCAUCCCCUUCUCCUCCCAUCACUAGCAGCCAUCCCCUUCUCCCAUCAAUAGCAGCCAUCCUCCUCUCGACUAUCAUUAGCAGCCAUCUCUUCUCCCCACUAGCAGCCAUCCUCCUCUUCCCAUCACUAGCAGCCAUCCUCCUCUUCCCAUCACUAGCAGCCAUCCUCCUCUUCCCAUCACUAGCAGCCAUCCCUCACUCACCCCUAUCACUAGCAGCCAUCACCUCCCCCCCCCCCAUGACUAGCAGCUAUCCCCUCAUUCUCAAUCACUAGCAGCCAUCCUCCACUCCCCUAUCACUAGCAACCAUCCCCUUCUCCAUCACUAACAGCCACACAUUCUCCCCAUCACUACCCGCCAUUACUCUCACCCCUAUCACUAACAGCAAUCCUCCUCUCUCUGUUACUAGUAGCUAUCAUCCUCUCUCCCUCCCAUCACUUGCAGCCAUCCCCCUCUCUCCCUCCCAUCACUAGCAGUAUAUGUCUGUUUAUGUAUGUCUCUGUAUGCCUUUAGUCUGUUUGUCUCUGUAUGACUGUGUGUAAAUCUCUGUAUGACUGCGUCCAUAUGUCUCUGUAUAACUGUGUCUGUAUGCCUUGUUCUGUAUGACUGUAUCUUUGUGUCACUGUAUGACCGGUUGACUGUCUGUGUGUGCAUGAUUGGUUGCUUGUAUGACUGUGUUUGUUUGUGUUCCUUUUAUGACUAUGUGCCUGUAUGGUUGUGCCUUUGUGCAUGUAUGUAUUUGUUCCUGUAUAUCUAUGUCUGUAUGGUUUGGGAGGGAAAAAGCCAGGCAAAGGGGCUCGUGGUGGGAGAAAGAGACACAGAAAGGGGCUAAGGGGAGAAAGAGACACACAAAGUGGCUGGGGGAAAGAAAUAGACACAAAAGGGCUGUAAGGAGGAAAGAGACACACAAAAGGGGCUGAUGAGGAAGUAAGAGAAACACAAAGGUUGUGGUAGGAAGAAAGAGUUAUACAAAGGGCCUGGAGAGGGAACACAGAGUGUGCUGGGCCCCCGUGUGCAGCGGCUGGCUCUCUCCACCGGACCACCAGGCGAUCUCCCCCCUCCCUGGCCAGGUAAGAAGCAAGGAAGGGGGAAUAAAAAAAUAUAUAUAUAAACACAUAAAUAAAAAAAUGCUCCCCCCCUAUCAUCCUGUGCACACACGCAUCAUCCCGCACACACAAUCUGCACUUACUACAAACACACUACAUUCAAUAUACACACUCUGCAUUCAUUAUACACACACUACAUUCAUUGUACACACUGCAUUCACUACACACACUACAUUCAUUAUACACACUGCACUCACUACAAACACACUACACACUCUGCAUUCAUUAUGCACACUCUGCACUCACUACAAACACACUACAUUCACUACACACACUACAUUCAUUGUACACACUGCACUCACUACACGCACUACAUUCAUUAUACACACUCUGCACUCACUACAAACACACUACAUUUAUUAUACACACUGCAUUCAUUAUUCAUACUCUGCAGUCACUACAAACACACUACAUUCAUUAUACACACCCUGCACUGCACUAUAUGCAUAGGAGUGUUAAAAAAUUAUUUUAUUUUUUGUUAGGGGUGGGGGGGCGGGAAUCUUGGGUGAGUUCCCACACUUUUUUCCCCAGGACUUGACCCCUGGCUGUAGGCAUGCAUUUGGAUAAAGCUCUACUAAAAGGUUCCAGUGGUAAAGAUUAACCAAAAUAUAGCAAAUAAUCAGAAACCAUCCAUACAAGUCUCCUUAUUGUCCAAUGUUUAUUAAGUAAAAUUAGGAUAAUGCAGUGGUAUACAUUUUGCAUUAUAAAUGUGGCCGAGAUUGGUCUGUUUGAGUACAAAGCAGAGAGAAGUUUUUUUUAGUCAUAUUGCUCCCAAACUUUUUGACACAAAAACAAUGAGACAGUUUCCCGAGACUGUUGGCAGCAUAACCACUACACUGACCUAUAGUGUUUAUGAUGUUCAGAUUGUUCCUUUUAAGUGUCCAUUUUAUUUUACAUAGCCUCAGUUUCACACUACGGUUAUGAGCUGAUUCAUCAAUAUAAGUGUUUUUUUUUUUCUUGCUAACUUUGUCUUCAUAAUUGUGAACUGCCUUAUGUAAUCUUUCAGUUCACAUAAAUAUUGAUGACUUUGCUAAUGUUAAAAUGCCUUUGAGAUUUUGCAUCUAAAAUGUUCAUACAUAUUAAAAACAUAUGUAAUCUUGUUCAAAUGCUUGUAUUAUAGGGUUAUUCAAUUGAGGAGAUCAAACAGUUGUGUCUAGAGCAGCUGGAAUUGGUAUCAGAAAAGAGACUACUGAAAAUCCUUGAAGGUAAGCUGUUGCAGACACUUUUUCGCUCUUGUCAUUUUUCACCCCAAUCGUCAAAUUUUUAAUUUAAAGUGACACUCUCAUCACCACAACCACUACAGCUUAAUAUAGUUAUAGUAUACUGGAGUGGCCUGUGUUCCUAAAGUCCAGAGGACACCAUAAAGUCCCUAUAGGUUUGUAUGACAAAAUGUAAAACUACAAUUUAUUAAAGUAUAUCGGAAAGAACAAAUAUAAGUAACACACACAAAAACACACCACAUAUAGUCCCAUAAAAAAGAGCUAUUCCGCUCUGCAACACUGAAUGGGUACGUAGGAUGCAGGAGGCUGCUUGAAUAAAUCAAAAGUAGAGGGUAAUAAUGAACAGCAAAAAGGAAAGAAUACACAAGCCUCUCUGGCCCGUAAAGCUGAAGGAGACAGUGAUGAUCCCUGGAACAUAUAUGGCUACCUAUUACGCCUGAGCAUAGAUAAACUCAUAAGGUACUAUAGUAAGGUAUAUUGAAACAAAGUUAGUAUAUAGGGAUGUGGUGUCAGUAUAACAGGUAAGCAUCUCGACGGGACGCCUCAUAAUAAUUCACAUCUAUUGUGUAUCAUUUUGUAAAUAGGUAUAAUGUAACCACCCCUAUGUAGAAAUGUCUAAAGCAUGAACACGGUUGUAAUGUGAUGUGAUAUACUGUGUAAUCAUUUAAAUGACCCAUUCUGUUCCACAGCAAAAUCACAGAUCACUUGGAUUAUUAUAAUGACAAUACUUGGAUAAUGAUGUAGAGAAAAAAAAUGACAAUAAUAAGGCAUACGAUCAAGGGGUUAUCUCUAAAGAUGAAUAUGCCAGCAUCUACAUGAAGAAUCCCACAAUAUCCACUUUCUAUAGUCUCCCCAAGGCCCACCUCACUGCUAGACCAAUAGUAUCAGGUAGGAAUCGACCGAUUGUUCGGUACAUUCGGCAACAUCUGUAUCAGCCCUAAGAGAUACUGAUAUUGCCGAUAAUACAUACUAGGACCGCCGGGCUCACUACAAGCCUGGCAGUACUGGAGGACCCGCAGCAAGUGCUUACUUACCUUCCCAGCAGCUCCAUGUGUAAAUCUUGCGAGUCCCGCGGCCGUCAGUGUUGCCACGGGUUACCAUGGCAACACUCCGCGCGGGACACAGGCUGCGAUAUUUACACAGGGAGCUGAAGGGAGCCGCUUAGAAGGUAAGUAAGCACUUGCUGCGGGCACCCUCUGUACUUUCCAUGCCACUGGACCACCAGGGAAUGAUAUAUUCCCCCCCCCCUCCCUGGCCAAGUAAGAAGCAGGGAGGGGGGGACUAAAAAAUAAUAAUAAUUAAAUAUUGUAAAUAAAAAGUAUUCCCUGCCCCCAAAUUACAUACCUACAGAAACACACACACUGCAUUAUAUACACACACUGCAUUAUAUACACACACUACACAAACAUACUGUGUGUUUGUGUAGUGUGUUUAUAUAAUGCAGUGUGUGUUUUUGUGUCGUGUGUGUGUGUGUGUGUGUGUAUAGUGAAUGCAGUGUGUGUGUUUAUAUAAUACACACUGCAUUAUAUACACACACUUUGCAUUUAGUAUAUACACACACUGCAUUCACUUUACGGUCACUACACACGCUGCAUUCACUUUACACACACUGCAUUCACUAUACACACCCUAUACAAACACACACUCUGCAUUCACUGUACACAUACUACACAAACACACUCUGCAUUCAUUAUAUACACACUACAAAAAUACACACUGCAUCCACUACACACACACUACACAAACACACACAGCUCCCCUGUCUAAACACACUGCAUCCACUACAUGUGGCAUGUAUAUUUUGUGUAUUUACCUUUAGAAAUAGUUUAUUGUUUCAAAAUGGUAAAUGUACAGAAUAUCGGCAAGUUAUCGGCUAUCGGCCUGAAAGUUCACAGAUUAUCGGUAUCGGCUCUAAAAAAAAAAUUAAAAAAAAUAAAUAUCGGUCGAUCCCUAGUAUCAGGAUUAACUUUUUUUUUUUUUUUUUUUAACUAGCAAGGGGAGGAUAUAUGUGGACAAAGUCCUAUGACCAUUCAUAGAGAAGCUGCCAUCAUAUUUGAGGGACACUAAGGAUACCCUCAAAUGUCUGUCAUCUUUAUAGGUACCGAGAGGUGUUAGACUCUGCAGUCUGGAUGUGGAGGCCUUAUAUUAAUUUAUUCCCCAUUCCAUUGGUAUUGAUCAUGUGAGAGAGUUCUUGGAGACUAGAUGACCUGAACAUCAGUGUCAUACGACCUUUGUUCUUGAUCUCUUACAUUUCAUUUUGACCCAUAAUUUUUUUUCUCUUUAAUAUCAAGUUCUACUACCAGGUGCAGGAAAGGGCGAUGGGGACAUCUUGUGCCCCGUCCUAUGCCAAUCUGCACCUGGGAUGGUGGGAAGAGAAAAAAGUCUCCCCUGAAACCCUAAAACAACAUACAGGUCACAUCUUUCUAUGGAGGAACUAUAUAGAUGACGUCCUCAUUGUCUGGACGGGCCCGCGGGGAACUCUUCACCCAAUUUGUAGAAAUACUAAAUGUGAAUGACCUUAAUAUCAGAUUUACUAUGGAGGUAGGGGCUCCAUCACUUAAUUUUCUGGAAUGUACACUCUCAAUAACGGAUGAGCUUGAAAUCAAUCAACACCACUCUUUUUAUUGCAAACCAACCGCAACAAAUUCUAUGCUCAGAUGGGAAAGUUAUCAUCCUACUCCCCCGAAGAGAGGCAUCCCAGUAGGACAGUAUUUGAGGCUCACAAGAAACUGCUCCUCUAUGGAUGAUGUUAGGCAAAAGACCAAGCAACUCAGACAGAGUUUUAAGAAAGGGGGUACCCCAACAUAUGUUUAAAACAGGCCUAUCAGAGAGCACUACUCUGUGAUCGUGAAACGCUGUUAGGGGAUGUACCUAAACCUGAUGCCCCCAAACAGAUUAGAUGUAUAUUAAUUUUGAUUCUGGUUGGGAUGCUGCCAAAAGAACUUUGGAAAGGUUCUGGCCGCUCCUGACACAGGAUCCACAUUUGGCAAAAGUUGUCCCACCAAGGGUGUCUCUCACGGCCAGAAGGGGUUAAAAACCUAAAAGAGAUGCAGGUACCAAGUAACUUUUCAUAACCCAGUAUAAAAAGAAACUGGAUCACAGUACAUGACACAUACCUGUGCGGCCGCUGUGUAGCAUGUCGCUACAUGGCGAAGGGAUCUAAAAUACUAAAAGAUUCACCGGGCAUUGUAAAUAUCCCAAUUAAUUAGUUUUUUAACUGUAAUACCUCUGGUGCUGUCUAUAUCCUGACAUGUGAAUGCAGCCUCAAAUAUGUAGGUAAAAUGCCCCCUGAAAAGAAGGGUAAUGGAAGAUGUUCACUCUGUGACAACCUACAAAGACACCCCUGUCUCUAGACAUGUCAGAUUACACCACAAUGAGUCACCCAGAGGUAUGAACUUCGCUGGCAUUGAAAAAAAUCCAAUUGGGAAAUAGAGGUGGUGACUUGGAUCAAACUCUGAAGAAGAGAGAAUGCUUCUGGAUCUAUAAGUUGGAUACCUUGGCCCCCAAAAGGGUUAAAUGAGGGUUUCACAUUUACCCCAUAUGACACAUAAGAGCAUUACUGUAUUAAUUUUGUAAAUAAUUCUAUUAUUCAUGUAUGUUUAUUAUGGGCACAGAAGUUUCUUUUUUCUUUAUUAUUUUAGUUGUUAUUAUUGCCAUUUUUUUUUCUCUACAUCAUUAUCCAAGUAUUGCCAUUAUAAUAAUCCAAGUGAUCUGUGAUUUUGUUGUGGAACAGAAUGGGUCAUUUUAAUGAUUACACAGUAUAUCAUAUCACAUUACAACCGUGUUCAUGCUUUAGACAAAUAUGCAUAGGGGUGGUUACAUUAUAUCUAUUUACAAAAUGAUAGACAAUAGCUGUUAGUCAUUCUCUCUGAUUCGCAGCAAGUCCAGCUCAGCCUUUCAUUCUUCUAAAUAAUAAAAGAAAAGGAAGAAAAGGAAGGAAAGGAAGAGUACAAUUAAGUUGUGUAAUAUUAUCAUAUAUUGUUAGUUAAAUUCACAACUCGAUCUUAUUUUGUGACUUUGUUAUCACCACGGUUUUAUUAAGUUUAAUAUUCUCAUGACUGUAUAAUAAUUAAUAAUAAUAACAAAGUAUUUAACCAGGAAGGGCACAUUCAGAUUACUCUGAUUUUCAAGUUGUCAUGGGGAUGUUAACUUAGCCCAACAUCCAGGGGUUGUUACUAUUACCCAAUUUAAUGGUACUUUAUUGACCUCGGAAGGAUGAAGGGUUGAGUAAACCCUCAAUGAUUUCUAAUUUUUUUAUUUUUUUAUUUAUAUAAAGAUAUAAUAACAUGAAGUAGCAGACAAUGUCCAUAAAUUCUUACGACAUGAGAAUUACAAGCAGGAGUAUGUUCUAUAACACACCAUACUCUUCCCGGGUUUCAGCAUAUCAUGAGAUUCAAAUAAAACAUAGAUUAACAUGACAUAUCAACAGGUAUAUCAACAAGUUUGAACAAAAAGUUAGAUUGAUACAGCACUGACUCAAAAACAGCAGCAAACACUGCUACUUGGAAACCCUAUCAUUCCAAGAGCAUGAAACAGGCAGAAAGACGAACAAUACAGGUUGCGCCGACCAACUGAAUAUUUUCCUUACUUAUAAAUAAUAAAAAUGUAAGUAGUGAUAACUUGGCUAUAAGUCCACAGAGAGACUUUUUUUUUUUUUUUUUUUUUUUUUAACGUCAAAAAAGAGUUCUUAACAAUGAUGGUAGUUGCAACAGGUAAUCCAAUGUAUUAUUCAAUAAGGCCCUCUGGGCCCCGGGCUUUCCCUGUUUGUGAUCGCUUUAAUGUCCAUUCUAGUUCUUUGAGAGUAAUAGGAUCUUUCAAUGCUCCCGAUUGUUCAAUGGUUAGUUUGUGAGUGACAUAUGUUUCAAAGAAGAUUCCGAGGCGUAUGGCCAUGGUUAUCUCGCCCUGAACCACAUGCCCCAGUUAUGGGUAAAUCUUAUAUAAAUUUUUAUAGUAAGCUUUGAAUUUGGUGGCAGUCUCCUCUGGCAACUGUGUAGUGGAGGUGUGGUGGAUUGCUUUUGAACCAGCAGAUCAUUAAGUUGUCUGAGCUUCAAUAGGUCCCUGGAAUGGUCCUAUCUGUUUCAGGUCUAAUCUUUUGCAGGAGUUCCCGGACCGCUGCUCUGACCACUUCUUUCAUAUAGUGGCCUCAGAUGAAGCCUUUGGGUUUCCUGGGUUUUCUCUGAAGUAAUGUUGCAAAACUGCAAGAACCUGAGCUUAAUAUUGCUGGUCUCGGAGAAGAUUCUCAUUCAGCCUCCAAUGAUGUUCUGCCGGAUGAUACAGAGGUGCAUGUAGAUCCAUCUCUACCAGGGGGCUGCAACAAUCCAUGUCUGCCCCCAUUAGAUUGGAGAGAUUUUACAAGGGCCACAAGUCUAUCGUAAUGUAGGACUGGUGGACCUGCGAAAAGAAUCUGUGCCCUUUGGAUGUUUAGCUCAUUAGCAGUCUAUGAGCCCCAGUCUAUUUAGCAUAUAUCUGAGAGUGUGUAAGUGUUUCACAAAGCUGGAGCAUUGACUUCUCGUGGUAUCCAGUGAUGGCUGAAGAGAAAUGUUUGUAUCCCUACCCAUGACCAGGGUUCCCUCCUGGGAAACCUCCAGCUUGACAGUCUAAUGCAUAUAUUGAAGUGAAGGUGUAUAGCUGUGAAACUAUUGUACACAUGACCCUUCUGGGUCCAAUUUUUAAUCUAAGUGCAUUAAAGGAAUAUACCUAGCGACCACGAUAGCUACUCCUGCUGCCUUAGCAGUAGUAUUAUGUGAGAAGAAGUACGUCAUGACGUUGGGUGUGAAUCCUCGCGAAAAUGUGUCUCUUGAUUUAAAUGCCACAGAGAUCCUCCUGGGCCACAGAUCUGCAGAAGCCUGGUAUAUUUAAGCCCCUGACAAUGUAUGAGCAAAAUCUUAAUGAUUUUGGUAAAUAGGUCCUAGGAGCCGCAUCCAUCCUCUGAAAUUUACGGAGAGAGGAAGAAUAAGAAGAGAAUGUGUGCAAGGAAAAGGAGUGUAGAAGGAGAGAAGAGUCUUGUAAUGUCCUACAGACUUCCAACUGCAUAUUAUUUUCUGAUGAUCUUUGCCUUAAAGGGACACUCAAUGCACCCAGACCACUUCUGCCCAUUGGAUUAGUCUGGGUGCCAACUCCCAUCACCCUUAACCCUGCAAGUGUAAUUAUUACAGUUUUUAUAAACUGCAAUAAUUACCUUGCAGGGUUAAGUCCUCCUCUAGUGGCUGUUUAUCAGACAGCCACUACAGGGACUUCCGGGUUCUUAAAACACGAAAAGUGUUUUAAAUGACGCUGGACUUCCUCACACUAUGCAUGAGGACCUCAUAAUCCCCAUAGGAGGUCCCACAUGGGGAGGUCUAAUGCGCGCACGCCCAUUGCCGCGCAUGCGCAUUAGGUAUCCCCCGCCAGCUGACGUCAACAGUGGAGCAGCGUGGGCGGAUCCUGACCCAGCGUCAAGGGACAUCGGUGCUGGAUUCAGGUAUGCCACUGAAUGAGGUUUUAACCCCUUCAGCAACAUGGGAUGGGGGUGGGAGGAAGUGGGGCACUGUAGAAACUUGCAGUGCCAGAAAAAUGAAUAUGUCUUCCUGGAACUGGAGAGUCCCUUUAAGCCCAACAGUUCUCUGGACUAUUAAACUUGUUACUGUUAUGUCUACCAUUACAUUUUCUUGAUUAGAGAACUAACCUAUAUUUUGUGAGCUGGAUUCACCACCUUCACUGUAAUCCAUUUUCAUGUGUGUGGGUGGUAUGCACACAGCAUGCACACAUGGACACAAUUGGCAUUAAGUAGCCAAAACAAAGCAUGCUGGCUGUCUGACAACUCUGAGAGGGAUAACCUUAGAUCUGCAGUGAUGCAGAGCUGGAAAUAGGCUUGGGGUGCUCUAUGCAUUAUCACCUUUGCAAUAAUACCUAGUAAUGAUUGUGCAUGGGAGGCAAGUGAUGAGGUAUGUAAUAUUUAAAAAAUUUGUUAUUCAAAUUCCCAUUUUGUGGUAUUUAUUUUUUCGUUUUAGGUGAGCAAGGUAUAGAUUCCGCCACUGAGGAGGAAUACGAUGCACAUAUGACCAGGUCUGGGGCAGAUACAGCCAGUCAGUAAGUAUGCAAAUGUACUUAGUUAUAAUUUGUUAGGUAAGGUAUUCAAGUAAAGGAGUGGAGCUAUGGCCCUCCAGGCAUUGACGGCCUACAGUUUGUUUUCUUCUCACUACUCAAACGGUCUCUUGCAUAUGUAGUAUCCAUGAAUCUCCCAAAUCCACCUGCCCUAUCCCUAAAACAGUCAGUAAUUUAUAUUACCUUUCUAUUGUAAUUUUAGUUUUCUAUAACAUUCUGUUUCGAACUUCCAAAUCCUUCCUCACUUCCUGUUACGAAUACAUAUCAUGAGAAAACACUGUAAUGGUGGUGUAAAUAGGAAUUACCUGAGAUAUUGAUACAGUUUUCAUUGUAUAUUAAGUCUAUAUAAUGAUGUCUUAAUAAGUAUCAGGAGCGUUAUAGCAAGCAUAGUUGCUAUCUGUCCUUUUUUUGCUAGGGAACUCCCACGGUUUAGGUUCCUGCCCUGGUAUCUGUUUCACAUUCUGAAAACAGCCGUAAAGUGUAUUUUGUGAUUUAAUUGUACCAGUUGCCAAAAGUGUGUGUUUGUGGGGAAAUGAACUCCAGAGAUUUAGCUCUGGCUAAUUCCGCUGUAGCCAACUUACUUGAUUCUCUGUUGCAAAAUGUAGUUUUUUUUUUGUUUUUUGUUUUUUUUAUGUUGGCAGCUCUGAAAGUGGCAUGGUACACUGUAGUUAAUUACUAUUGUCACUUUUAAGUGUAUUUCCAGGUAAUUUGUGGAUACAAAAGAUGUUCAGGAGGCUUUGCUAAAAGCCAGCAGAAACUGAUAAUCACUGUAUUAAUCAUAUUUUGAAACUAAUAAAGUGUGAAAAUGUUGCAUAACGGCUAUAGUCUUGAAACAAGGAACUAUAAAUUCUUCAGACCCUGCUUAUUUCUAACCUUUUCCACCAUGAAUAAAAUGUUUUUUUUAUUCUAAUAACUUUUUUUUUUUUUUAAUGUGCUUUAAGUUUCAUAUCAAUACACUGCAUAUGAACUGCUCCAUAAAUAUUUACAGCUAUGCUACAUUUAGUGCAUAAAUGCUGAGUUAGGCGAAAGUACCUUAAAUAUGACUUUUAUUCUGCUGUCUUGACUAUUGAAAGCAGUGAAAUUGUAUGUGCUGUGAGGAUGCAUUGAAAUUGUAUAUACUUGUGUUAAAUUUCAAGAAUUGUUCUUAUUAUUUGUGAAAGGAGAGGAAAACAUCUUGCUGCACUUCUCAAUACAGUCCCUAGAUGUCUCUGUAGAACUUCUUUAUUAAAUACCUUUCUUUAUUGUGCAAUUCUAUAAAUUAUAUGCCUCCUGCAAGCUUUAAAGGAUGGAAUGGUAGUUGAAAAUAACACUCCAGGGACCUGAAAAGCAGAUGGUCAUGCUCCUCUGUUCCAUCUCCGUUUGUGUGCAAGUAAUGGCAUCUUGUGUGGGUUAUUGCCUUGUAAUAGAAAUGAUAGUUCUUGUAAUGGUGUCCAUAAAUAGGGUGUAUAGCAGUGUCCCUGCCUCCAGUGUUUUCAAUGAAGAUGCAGUGAAUAAACCCACAUGUGCUUUUAGCACCACAUAUUGAACAUCCUUCUCUGCAUGGUAAAAGUAAAAUCCCUUUUCCGACUUCUUUACUAAUGACACUGUUGGCAGAUAUGUUGUUUUAAUGUCUGUCACUUUCCCCCAUACAUUGACUGCUUGCAGUAUGAUGUUCUAGCAAGGCAUGUUGGCUAUUAUUUAAUGUGUGCAUUGUUCCUAAUCUAUAAUUUUAUCAACUUAAUUUAGAAACAAAUUGAAUUACUACUUCUUUAAGGAGCAUCCGAGGGAUAUGCUGUUUUAAAUUUUCUUGUGUGCUGGAUAAAUGAAUAGCUUGGCAAAUUGAGACUUGAUAAAAGUUAGAAUUAUAUUCUGUAUUCACCCAUUGCAUGCACUUUUCCAUGUUCUAAGCAUACACGUUUAUUUUUACAGGGUGGAAUAUUUUAGUUUGUCUUUCAAAGAAUUCUUUGUUAAACGCGGCUGAGCAUGAGAACUUCUCUUGCACUUAGAAUGGCUAUUCCUACGAAGUCUUUAUCAAAAACAAAUUAAAAAAAAAAAAAUUGUUUCAGAAUUCAUUUAUGAAAGAGUGUUGCUGAAAUUGAGGAAUAGUAACAACCCCUGGAUGUGGGGCUAAAGUAACAUCCCCAGAACGUACUUGAAAACCAGAGAAAUUUGAAUGUGCCUUUCCUGGUUACAUACUUUGUUGUUGUUCUUAUUAUUUCAGUGACUUGUGGGGCACAACCUCCAUGGUUGUUCAACUCUUAUUUAGCUCUUUUUAUGUUGGCCCUAACCAUUUAGCCCUCCCAAGGUCGAUUAACAAAAUGAUAAAAGAUCAAUCAUGUGCCAGUCAUAUGAGCAGUUGUUAAGGUGGUUGCAUUCCCUUCCAGAUAGAUAAGGGUGCUCUCUAAAUAUUGGUAAUGGAAUAUUACUAUAUUUAAAUGUGAAAUAGUCUGCUUCCCCUUCAGCCCCGUCCUUGGUAGAACGCAGCAGUGCCCCCAGGCUCACAGUGUAGGAUAACACUCAGGUAAGUUAUCGAUCAGCUAGCCUGGAGUCUCCUGACGUAGAUACACAGAAAAAUUGGCAUGGAAGCUACAAGCUACAGGUAUAAUACCCCAAAUUCAGCAAGAGAGUCAGGAGCUCAGGCGUUUCCACGUCUGGUUAGAUCGCAGGUCUCCACCCCAUGUAAUAUAAUUUUUGAGUAGUUUAACACCCCCACAACCCAUCUGACUUUGAAUGCGUUUAAUUACAUUCAUAUUUAGAUUGCAAUGAUUGGAUGAAAGUGUCCACAGUCAGCCAAUGAAUGCCAUAUGAAGUUGAAGAGGUUUUCAAUAACAAUAUGCUGAGUGAGAGGGCAGGCUGUGUGUGCCCAUGUCACUAUCUGCUUGAAACUGGUUUGACACAGAACCAUGGGAGAAUGCCAGGUACAGUAUAAGCGCCAUAAACAUGGAAAAAAGCCAUAUCACCCGUUUACCACAUCGUACUGUGUUCGUUACAGAACCCCUAAUUUAGUUUCUGCAUCAAUCUGAUGUACGAACACUCAUACAAGUGGUCAUUUUCACGUUCUUUACUUGGUAAUAAAAAUAUAUACCGUAUUGUUGCUCUUGAUAUUUGCUGUAUCUUUCCAGCACUAGAUCCUCCUAUAGGCUGAUUACCCUGUAAUAUUCCACCUUCAAUGGUGCACUUUGCCAUUGUACUAUAGUCCCAAUGUCAGAGGUUUUUUUUUUUUUUUUUUUAACCCGUUGACUGCAACAUAAUGUAAAGCUGUCUUUGCAUUGUCAUCAAAUCAUGGAAUUCUGAAAAUAAAAUGCUUUUCAUUUGUCUGCGCUACAUUACAUCUUGUACUGUUUUAUAACGUGGGAAAGUGUCAUUAUUUACCAGCGAUCCAUUUCACAAUUCCAUGAUAUUCAGAUAUAGAAAUGUAAUUUCUCUGCACCCUUCAUAUAAGCAUGUUUAACUGUAAGCUCAUUCAGACCGUGUCAUGUUUUACUUAUGCUCAUUUUACAUACCUUCCAAAAUUUCAAAGAACACUUUGAUUUUAUUGGUGCAUGUAGGGGGGAGGGGGGUGUCCAGAGACAGAGCUGUUCUAUUUUAUUUCCCUAGAAUGGCUUCCAUAUGGGCAUCUUAAUUUAAGGAGAACUGUUAUUUCUUUGUAAAUUGCACCGUAGAAUUAAACAUCGAAAAUGACCUGUAACUUUUUUUUUUAUUUUUAUAUUUAGCAAGUUACAUCACAAUUCAGUUUAAACCAACAACAGUCAAGGCAGACAUUGCAAAAGAGGAGGAGAAAUAGAAAUGUUGAGUGAGAUGUGUUCAGGUAUAAAAAAAAAAAAAAAGUGGUAUAAAGUAAUAAGCGUGUCAAUUACCAAGGGUACCAUUUGAGCCAUCAGGGAAAGUCCUUUGGUGACUCAUCUCAUUUUGCAAAUUUGAGAAGUUAUUUAAUUCAAUGUUUUCUUUUUAAGACAGAACACUUUGACAAUUCUCUCCCUGUUUCAUUUCUCCUCGUCUGUGCUUAAUGCUGACUACUGCAAAGGACAGAGUUUAUAACAAAUGAAUGGAAGCUAAAAUGGAGGUAGAGAGAAUGAAAAGCUGUAGAUUUAUACAUUUAAUUAAAUGUUUUACACAUCACAAAUACAUAUCUUUUCAAUAUUGGAGAUACGUUAAAAUAAUAAAAAUUAAAAGUGACAGUUCCCCGUUUAAGUCACCGUAAUCUUCUUUUGUCUUGCAGAAACGAUAAUGCUGUAGAUUCCACUUCUUCAGUGAAAGAUAAUGCUGGGUUUGAGGAUGCAGAUUCAAAAACUGGUAAGCAAAGACUUGUAAAUGCAAUUAAAUUAAUCCUCCAGCCUCAGAAAAGGAAGAAUGUGUUCAGCUACAUGAUGGUGAAUAAUGCAGAUAUUCUAUACAAAUCAAGCAGCUCAACUUACAUUUAAUUUUAGCUCAAUUUCCUUAUAUAACUGCACAUUUACUUGUCACAUCUGAGUAGGAUAGUUGUUCCUAUAAUACUUAAAAGGACACUAGUCACCAAAACAACUUUAGCUUCAUGAAGCAGUUUUGGUGUAUAGAACAUGCAGCCUCACUGUUCAGUUCUCUGCCAUUUAGGAUUUAAAUCACUUUGUUUAUGAACCAUAAUCACACCUCCCUGUAUGUGACUUGCACAGCCUUCCUAAACUCUUCCUGUAAAGAGUCAUCUACAGUUUAUCCUUUCUUUAUUGCAUGGUCUGUUUAAUUUAGAUUGUCUUAUCCCCUGCUAUGUUAAUAGCUUGCUAGACCUUGUAAGAGCCUCCUGUAUGUGAUUAAAGUUAAAUUUAAAGAGAAAGAGAUACAAUUGUUUAAAGUAAAUUACAUCUGAUUUUUUUUUUUUUUUUUUUUCGUGCAGGCUGUGUCAAUCACAGCCAGGGGACGUGUGACAAGGGCUGCAUAAACAGAAAGAAAGUGAUUUAACUCCUAAAUGGCAGUGAAUUGAGCAGUAAAACCCAAAUGGCAUGAUCUAUACACUAAAACUGCUUCAUUAAGCUAAAGUUGUUUAGGUGACAAUAGUGUUCCUUUAACUGGUGACAUGCAAACCCUAGCAUCACUUUUUAGGUUUUGCUUUUAAAUUAACCGAUUUUGUCCCUCUCUGUUUUUAUUUUUUUUAAAUUCACUUUGGGGUUUUUAGUUAUACAUAAUAAAAAGUAGUUGUGGUUUGUUUUUUGUUUUUUCUCAUGGGGAGUACGAUCGUUGGCAAAUGUUGACAAUGGUCUGGGCUUAAGGCAAGUUAAAUUUCAGUUGCUAAGCUAAUUUAUCCACAAGCCAUCAGUCAAAGGAAUUCCACAGAAGGAACAACAGCAGACAUCAUGGACAGAGGAAAACAAAAUGGAGCCACCUGGGUAUUAAGAUCCGGCGCAAGGAUGAAAAGAUAAUUAAUAUAAAUAAAACAAGUGGCAAAGAGUGGUGUAUAAUCAUCAAUAUACAAGGGACAUAAUUUAUGGAAAAGAAAGCAUGACAAAGCUUUAAUUCUGUGUAAAUUUAGACAUUUUCAGUUCUUUUGUUUCUAGUGCAGAUUAAUCUACACACUAAGACCAACUAGUUUUGUGCAGACAGCAUAAAUGGAAUGCAUGUGUCAGGGAAUGUUGCUUCACCAAGAUGUUUGCUCCCAACAUACAAAAAAAUUGAGAACCCAGGGAAAAAUAAAACUAAACAAGCAUACAUUAACCUGUAUGUGCUAAAAUUAUAAAAUUUUACAUAUAAUACAUUAUUUGAUCUCGGUAUAUUAUGAUGAGAUUAUUGAAUUGAUUGGUGUUGCCAAGUUUUGGACUGAAGUUGCUCUAUCAUUUGACUUUGUGUUAUCAUUUGACUUUGGUUUGGUCUAUUUUUGUUUUGGAGAGCCUUAUGGCCAACUUACAGCACACAUUACAAUUUAUCAGUAGAAUGUGGAGUAAUUUGUUACAUUAUUUUUCCAUCCAUUUAGCUGAUCAGUUUCAGUUGAGGUUUUGUCCCAGCAAAUAAUUUUGGAUUCUGUUAAUGAGGAUAUUGUAGUGAAUGGUGAGUACUGCAAUUCUGGUGUUUUCACCGUGUUUUUGUAUCCCUAUUUGUCCAUUUAAGUUUUUUUGUUAUCGUUACUUAUAAAAUUUAAAGAGACAUAUUAAGUUCUAGAAUAAGCAUAGGCAACCUUCGGCACUCCAGAUGUUUUGCACUACAUCUCAUUGGAUGCUUUGCCAGCAUUAUGCGUGUUAAGAGCAUUAUGGGAGAUGUAGUACAAAACAUCUGGAGUGCCGAAGGUUGCCCUGUUCUAGAACAACUUAAAUAAGUAGUUUUGUUGUAUUGACCAUAUUCUUGAAGCAUCAUUGCUCCGUUCUCUCCUGUUUAGGAGUCAAAUCACUUUGUUUAAAAAGACACUCUUCUGGCUGUGAAUAACAUGGUAUCCCUAUACACACACUUUCGUUAAAACAAGUCUUAUUUUUAAACGUUUACAGCAUGCAGUGCUCCAUGUGUGUGAUUAAAAUUUAACAGACCAGUUGAUAAAAACUUCUGAAAUAAACAAACUGUGCUGCACAAAUAAAACAAUUAAAAAAAAUAUUUCUGGAGACAAAAAUUUGCAGAACUUGCCACUGCCUGCAACAUCGGCGGGGGGAGGGUGGCGUGCUAUGAAGUUGUAAAUUGCACCAAUGACUCCAUGCAUUUCCUCACUAAAUGGGCCCCUGGUUUAGACACAGAAUAAUGGUAAGUAUACACUACCCAACUUGCAUUUCUGGUCUCUUAAACAUUUGUGUAAACCCAUUUUAAUUAAAUGUAAGUUGUUGUUUUUUUUUUGCCUAGUUCUCAAUAUGUGUAGAUGAUUCGGAGUCUGUGAUGUGCAAAGGCAUUUUCUAAUUUUUUUUUUAGAAUGAAACCUUGACUAUGAAGGAUUUUGUUUACAAACACAUGUAACUUAUGAUUAGCUUGCGGGAUACUUGCAAGUACAAUUGUGGAUGCUGAUUUUCCAAGGUUAUAAAAAGUCAUCCUGAUUUAUGGGCUAAUAAUUAUACAGUGCCUGCGUUUAAUAUUAUGUUUACCUGGAUAAUAUUGAUGAGCAGCAGAAAAGGGCGGAAUAAUUAUUCAAAUGUAUGAAAGUGUAUCUAAAUAAUCUCUCCGCUUCUGAUUUUGUGAGUUUAUGCAAAACAACAAGAAUGUGCUAUGGGUAUUAAUUUAGACAUCAUAUCGUAACUAGUCUUAAUGGCAUUCUGAAAUAAAAAAAGAAAACACUACAGCGUUCAAAAAUCUAAUAUUUUGAGCAAUUUUCCAAUGCCAUUUUGUUUUAAUUUUAUUGCAACACUUCUUUUUGAUGAUAUUACUUUACAACCUUUAAACAUAGUCUAUCUCUUGGCAAUAUACUGUAAAAACACCCAACACUUUGUUUCAUCUGCUAUAAUCAGGGCUUCUUGUGAACUCUUGGAUCCCGGUAUAAACUCUUAUUCCAGAAUUCCAAAAAUGUGAUGACCGUUGUCCUUUAAGUAUCUUAACAACAAAUGCUCACACAACUGCGAGUGAAGCUGUGAAUAGGCAGAUAGCCGCCACAAUGGCUGCUAUUAGCUUAUUUAGCUGCUGGGUGAGAGUAUGGCAGGUAGCUGAACUACACAUCCUAUAAAAACCAUGCUUGAAAGAUGUUUAGUAAUUUCAUGUAUAAUGCACUAAUAUAAAGGGGCCCAUUACGGCCAUUCAGUGGAUCUUUUAAAGUUUUAAGCAAUGUUCUUAAUGCCAGAGUUGAAAACAUAAUGUGAUGAUGAUGCAAAACCAAUUUUUUUUUCAUGAACUGUCCCUUUUAGAUUUCAGCACAUGGUGGCAGCUGUGCACCAUGUCCAAUUAAACUCUGAUGUGCAGAUGUUUGUAGGAUAUGUAAAGUGCUGCCAUUGGAAAGCCAUGAGAAAAUAAAGAUUGGUUGCUGGUUUCUGAAUAUUUUUGAUAAUACAUUAUCUAAAGAAAAAAAGGCAAGGCAUAAAAACGGUGGAGACCACUAUAUUCACAUAUAAUUCUUAAAUAUAUAUAUAUAUAUGUAUAUAUAUAUAUAUAUAUAUAUAUAUAUUUUUUUUUUUAUAUGGAUAUUUGUAUCAGUUGUUAAAGUUUCCAUAAUUGCUUCAAGCAGUGUCCUAAAACCAGUACUAACAACUAAGCACCAUAACCACUACAUUGUAGUGUUACGGAUACCAGGACUCCAGGGGUGCCAUCUGCCUGUAAUCUGUGAUUUUGUGAACGGUUUGGCACUUACCUAGUUGGUCUGAUUACCUGGUAUAAGUGCAGAAGCAUGAAUUUCCAUUUUACCAGAUUAGCUGAGUAUGGAAGGGUCACAGGCAGACAACACAACAAGGUUAGUGUCUUAAACAGUUUGACAAAUUACCAGAGGAUGUUGUAUGGGGACUAUUGGCCCCAUAUACACAUGAGCAUGUUGUAGUGGUUAUGGCACUUGGAGUCUCUCUUAACAGUGACAAAAUAUGAUCUAUUACAGCUCUCACAAUAUGUUUACUUACAAUUACAUCAUGUAGGGAUUCUUAGUUUUGUGUGCCUGUAAUUGGUGAGCUACUGUAAAUACAUUCCAGGUAUUUUAUGUUGACAUUUAUAUAUACACCAGUAAUUCAUUUUCUUUCAAUUCCUCAAUCUUGGUUAAAAUUAUAUAUCCCCAGUGAUUAUUUCACUUUUCUGCUGCUUUUGGAAAAAUGGUACGGUCACAUAGGUUAGGUACUAUCCUAUUUUUUGUUUUUUCCCCACAGCCAUUUAUCUGUUUCACUACCAAUUUUGAAACCUGAAAAAAUAUUAAAACACUGACUGGGUUAUUCACUAAAGUGAGAAUGCAAAGUAAAUUUUUAAAUUUAAAGGAACAUUAAAAUGUCAGAGAUACAAACAUGUAUUCCUGACACUAUAGCUCUAAGAUUGCUGUUUAGCUGCCUGGGCCCCUUGCCUUACAAACAUAUAUUCCUGACACUACAGCUCUUAGAUUGCUGUUUAGCUGCCUGGGCCCCUUGCCUUACAAACAUAUAUUCCUGACACUACAGCUCUUAGAUUGCUGUUUAGCUGCCUGGGCCCCUUGCCUUACAAACAUGUAUUCCUGACACUAUAGCUCUAAGAUUGCUGUUUAGCUGCCUGGGCCCCUUGCCUUACAAACAUAUAUUCCUGACACUACAGCUCUUAGAUUGCUGUUUAGCUGCCUGGGCCCCUUGCCUUAAGUUAAGGUUACUUAUCUUUUUCCAGCAUUGCGCAAAUCUCUCCAGGGCUGGCUCUGCCCCCUUGGCUUCCCCAAUCAGCAUCUCUUCCUAGAGGUGGAUCCCCAACUCUGAUGCUCGCCUUCAAGACUUCUCCAGGGCUGCCCCUAUUCUGUGGGACUCCCUUCCCUCCUCAAUCAGACUUUCACCCAGUCUCCACUCCUUUAAAAAAAUCUUUAAAAACUCACUUCUUCAUUAAAGCGUAUCAAUUAAACUGUCAGCAGGUUUCUCAUCCCCCACCCCGUGACUCCGUUCCUGCAAUUGUCAAAAAUGACCUACCAAGCACUCAAUAAACCCUUCUCUAACAAACUAUAUGUAAUUCCCCUACUUUAACCCUUUGUGUCACUGUACCCCACUCCCUCUAGCAUGUAAGCUCAUCGAGCAGGGCCCUCAAACCCCUCUGUUCCUGUACAUCCAGUGGUCUGAUCUCCAUUAUGUGUCUGUUAGUCCACCCAUUGUACAGCGCUACGGAAUUUGUUGGCGCUUUAUAAAUAAUAAAAUAAUAAUAAUAAUAACAACCAAGGCAUCUCUAUGGGGAGUAUGCAGUGUCUCCAUGCAGAGCGUGUGCCGCACUGACCAAGGAAGCACCUCUAGUGGCCGUCUGAGUGACUGCCACUGGAGAUGUUUCUAGGCAAUUGUGUAAAGUGUUUAUAUUAAAAAGCUUGCUGGGUCAGGCACUAGAUACCAGAAAAGCUACAUUAAGCUGACUAUAGUGUCCCUUUAAGGUCCAUAUAGCCUAACUGGAAAACCUCUCUAAGUGAGCUUUAUUUUUAUUUCAGCUCAUCUGGCCUUGAAUUUGAAUUUCACUUAAAAACAAAAGUGAAAAACUAACAUAAAAAAAAAAAGGAUUUUUGAUCAGCUUCUAUAGUUACUUUAUGGUAAAUUUGUCAAUUUAGGACAGUGACACAUAUUGAUGAAAUAUGAUAUUACAAAUGAUGAAAAGGAUUUAUCCAUCAUUAAUAUUUUGCAUAGUUUUAUUAUAUGCAGUGUUCUUUACAGAAAGCCUUGUUGUCUAUAAUUACAUGGUUAUAAUAUUGAUUAGUCUAAUUUUGAGACCCACACAUAUGAUGUCAAGGCAUCAUGCUGCACAUUUGAAUGAUUUGCAAUUCCAGCCCUGUUUUCUACAGUAUAUUUGUUGUUCACUGGAAUUUGACUUUUCUUUAAUCUUUUUAUCUACCAGGUAGAGGAGAAGACUGUGAUGCCAUUAGCAUAAAUGCUGAUACUUUUGACAGUGACAUUGAGGAGGUGUGCCCUGAAGAACGAGGUCAGGCAACACCUGCCGUAGUAGUCCCAAAAGCAGCUGGUCAGCCAGAUGACCUUGUCAUGGACAUUGAGAAAAGUGUGAAUGAAAUCCUGGGGUUGGCUGAGCCAGUAGCAGAAGAGGUUCAGGUUCCCUCGACAACUGUGCUUGCAGAGGAUGUGCAGCCGUCUGCACAACAGCUAGAACUGUUAGAGCUAGAAAUGAGGGCUCGAGCCAUUAAAGCUCUGAUGAAGGCUGGCGAUGUCAAGAAGUUGUGAAACUAUGAUGUCUUCUUGCUUCAAUCGCCUUACUUGACAAGAAGUUUGUGCACUAUAGCAAAAAUACUAUUCGUUUCAGUAGGGAUCGCUGUGAAUAUAUUAUUAUUGUGUGCCUUUUUAGUCACUGUUUGAAAUUUCUAUCAAUGCACAAUAAUGACCAUAUUGUUAUAACUGGUAGUGAUGGUGGUGGGUGACACUGCCCUAAUAAAGAAAGUUAUUUUGUUUUUACACAA